AGCACACGCUUAUGACUUACCGUUUGUAAUAACCGAGCCGUAUUUCGUAUUCGUGGUCAGCUGACUUUACGCAGGUGAAGGACAGCUUCUCUACGUGCUUUCUGCCCUCUCCUUGUUGCUGUGGCGCACUUGCAAUACCCGGCAGCGCAGCGCCCUUCUUUUUCUAAAUUAUCUCUUCGUUAAAAAGGAAAGGAAACACCGAAAACAAAGGUGGAGCGUGGUUCAACGCCGAACUGUCCUAUGUCUCACAGCACGCAGCCGACCAGCCAGGCGAGGCGAGGCGAGCUGGAAGGCAUUGUAAGGGACGACCAUGGACGCACCUACGUCGCCGUCCACCCUCGCUACUCCUCCGCGAGCGGCUAUCGCCACCGUAUUUUUUCGUUCCAAAUCGUCGUGAGCGUCCUCAGCCUGUGCGCUCUGGUGUUUGCCAUCGUUGGCCAGGUGGUUCCAUUUGGCCAGGACGGCAAUGUGCACGACCUGCACUUGAUGUUCUCCAUUUGGUACAUCCAUAUCUCCUCCCCGACGGGCGAGCUCGUUAACGCGACAGACAACAAAUCCGCCGGCGGUGCAAAGGUAUUCGCUGUUCUCACUGCUGUCUUCAGUCUGCUGGCCUUCGUCCUCGCCGCGGUCCACGCCAGCUUCUGGCACCACGACGAGCGCCUCCGCUCCGAGGAGGAAGACGCGAACGCCACGCUGCAGUCAAAGUAUGGGACGCUGCGCGCAGGUAGUCGCAUGAGCAAUGACUCCUUCCCGUAUGAGAAUCAGCGCGUUUUGAACACCUGCGGGGACCUUGUCCCUUUCGAAGUAGCCGAACACACCCGACGUCGUCGCGACCGCAACCUGGGCAUCACAACCUUUUCCUUGCUGCUUGCCACUGCCCUGUGCGCGCUCAUCUCCUUAAUUCUCAUCUCUUCGCUGUUCUCCAAACUAAUUGUGGGCGUGGACACCAUACGGUAUCGUGCGGGGAUGCCGUUGUUUAUUGUUGCACUCAUCCUCGCCGUGAUCGCCUUCACCGUCCUCGCCAUCCCGCAACUCACGGCACUUUACCUGUGCAACGCUCCGCAAACACCACACGCGGACUUGAUGGUGCUCGGCAACGCACAGAGGGACUCCGAAGAGCUGCAGCAACAGCAGUACUCGCAGUCGGCGGUCGGAGGCAGUGUAGCAGGCAACGCGACGAGAAGCGACGUCACCUCUUGUACGCGGCCGAGGCCGGGGGCAGUGUACACUGCAUUCCCGCCGCCGGCUGCGCAGAUGUUGACUGGGCCAAAUCCCUUCUGCGCACCAAACAUGUUCGACAACAACAACGUGGCGGUUGCGCAGGGCAUCCGCAUCGCCCUCCCCGGACCUCCGAUAGAGAUGGUACAGCAGCUGCAGCAGCACCAGCAUCCAGACCAGCUGGAUUACCCCUCUGGUGACUACUACACCACCCCGCCCCAGUUGUUUAACGUAAGCAACGCCACGGGGGGCAACGGGAAAGGCGUGUAG